UAAAAACCCGGGAACGAUCGACAUCAUAAUGUCAUCCUACAAAUUCCUCCUCGCCAGUCUCGUCCCCGUAGGAAUCUACACUCUCCACGGCAUCAGCCGGAGCAACGGCCUCUUCGCACAACUGACCUCAGCCUGCGAACAAAAAGUCCUAACAGAUACCACAACAACAUGGCCAACCUGGCUUCAAAAAUCCCCCGACAUCGCGGGCUUCUUAGUCAGUUUCUUCUGGCCUUUAGCAACAGGUUCCCACGUCACGGGAGCAUUAAACAGUCUGGCAUUCGUCGGGAGUAGUUUCGCGAUGUGGGUUGUCAUAAUGAUUGAAGCGGGUCGAGGAGGGGUGAGGGGGAGUUUGGUUUCGUAUAUCACCCUCUACGGCCUCCUCUUCCAACUCGCCGGAAUAGGAGUCAUAGGCCCAGCCUACCUCGCCCUAAACCUCUACCUCACCCCAAACUCCUCAGACCACCCCAAACGCUCCAACAUCGCAAUCCCAGACCUCGCAUACCUCCGCGCAAUCCCCUACGCUCUCCUCACAGGCUCCAUCCUCCCAACCUUAGCCGCAACCCUCCCCUCCCCAUCCCUAAUCUCAACAAACACAAAACUCGCAGCUCUAGUUUUCUGGCAAGCCUUCCCACUCUGGACAUCGAUAUCAACAUCCCUCUUCAAAUCCUUAUUCCCCACCGACCUAGCGUUGCCACCAGAUGGGAAAGCCCAACUCCCAUUCCUGCGCAAAGCUUAUAGUCUCGGCCUCGUAUUAGGAGUCAUUACCCACAUAUCCGUCCUAACGAUAUCUUUGACCUCAGUUCUGGCGCCUUCACUAUUCAAAUCCGAACUUUUAAAAGAUUUGAACUUGGCAAAAAUUUUCCUUCCGACUUUGGCGACGGACAGGGUUGAGAGUGUUGGGGAAGGGGCUUUGAAGUUUUUGCAAUGGGAUUAUGCGAUCAUUUCGCUGGCGCAGAUUUUCUGGGCUGUGGCGCAGACGAGGAAGGUUGAGAGGAAGGGGCUGGGGUUUAGUGUGGGGAAUGUUUGGGUUGAUGCUGUGGUGAGGAGUGCGGUUUUUGGGCCGUUGGGGGCUGCUUUGACGAUUGUGUGGGAGAGGGAUGAGGUUGUGCUUGGAGAGACGGGUGGGAAAAAGGCGUAGAGAUGGGGAAACGUUCCGUCUUAUUUUGUAGCGUUGUAUUCUUAAUCGUAAGGGCAGACUCGGUAUAGUUGUCCAAGUCGGCUACAGUUGUCCGAACCAAUAUCAUGUUCCUAGAUAUCCUCCUCACUAUCCUCGUCAAUGUCCUCGUCAAUGUCUUCGUCAAUGUCCUCGUCAAUGUCCUCGUCAAUGUCCUCGUUACUAGCCUCGCCACUAGCCUCGCCACUAUCCUCCUCGAAAUCAUCCUCAAUGUCCUCCUCAAUGUCCUCCUCACCACCCUCCUCACCACCCUCCUCACCACCCUCCUCACCACCUUCCUCACCACCCUCCUCACCACCCUCCUCGAUAUCGUCCUCACAAUCCUCCACGUGAACAGUCCGACACAGUGGACAAGUGAGAUUGUCAUCGAACCAUUUCUCCAGACACUGUUCGUGGAACUGAUGAUUGCAUUUCGUUUCCACGAUGUAGUCGCCACGCUCGUAGUCAUCAAGACACAUUGCGCAGGAGGUGUCGCGCAAAGUAAAGCCAGCCCUGGAGUCAAUGAAAUGCUUCGGCGUCAGAAAAGUCACGAUGUCGAGUCCCAGAUUUUUGAUGAUUUCUUUGCCGCUCAGCUUCACACAAACAAAUCCAUCAUCGUCCACUUUCAUCGCGCCACGGAAAUAUUCCACAUCAGUGUGACGUGUGUAGCCCAGCUGCAGGCGCAAUCUGUUCAAUCGACGAAGGUGGGCAACCAAACGUUGUUCGCAUUCUUUAAGACCGUCGGCUCUAGGGUCUAGUCCUGUCAAGGUUUCGUUUUCCAGGGCAAGUCUUGUGCCAAGGCAGUAAGAGCAAAGCAUCUUCGGGGGUGUGUGCUGAUGUAGCCAGUUUACAGCUGAGUCUGGAUCGUCUGAAGGUUCGAUUUCCAGUUCCAUGUCUGAAGGAUGGAGUAAUACAUAUCCAUCGCGACAGUACUCGGAAUCGCAUUUGUCGCCUGUAAGCAGGUGGAAUACAGCUUUUUGCGAGGCUCGCAUAUCGACGCUAUGUUCUCUGAGGUCCACACUGCUCAAGGGUUGGGCAAGAUGGUCCAAGUAUCGAAGGGGAUCAUCGCUGGUGGUGCUGCGAUCUUGGGGAACGAAUGUCAUAUAUAGCGCGUACUCCAUGACUCUCGCCGCCAGCGGGUGGGCUUGGUCCAUCACAUCAACAACAAGCACCUCAGAUGGAC